CAGCAGCAUUGACGUCGCAUACUCGGUACAAUACAUAGCAGCAGAGCACGAUCAACGCAUAAACACACCGAGAACUCCAGAAGAGUUGCUGGGUAUUUCCUUCCACGAUGGCCCCGCGCACAGCUUUGCUAGCGAACAACGCCCGAGCCGGUGGAGGUUCAGACAGUGAAGACGACCUGGCUACCACUCCACUCGGGACCAUGACCGGUGACCAGAAUCAAACCUCGAACAAGGCAACCAAAUCCAAGUCGGUCAAGUCGACCGCGCGCCGCACCAGCGCUGGAAACACCGCAACCAAGCGCAAAGUCGCAGCGCCGCGCAAGCCACGGCAGGCUCUACAGGACAAGACAAACGUACAAGCGGGUAGCGACACCGAGGAGGUCGAGGCGUUCGAGGACGAGAUGGAGACUGAAGCUGCGACAACCAAGGCGAAGCGCGCGAAGACCGGUGCAGCGCGCAAACCCGCGGCGAAGACAGCGACGGGCGCGAAAAGAGGCCGUCCGGCGAAAGCUGCUCAGCCACCGCCAGAGCCGCUCAAGACCAUACCAGAGACACAGCCUGAUCCGCAAGAGACGGAGGAUAUCGAGCAGUCGAUUGAAGUGGACCCCGAAGCCAUGGACAUCGCACGCGUUCCCACGCCGCCUCUUGCAGCGCGCUUCGUGCAACGCGCGCCCGCUACUGCACAACUCCCUCUGCAACCGCGUCCGAGCGGUCGCGCUCCUUCCGUCCCGCUCGCAUACAUUCCACAACGGGAACGGAGCAAUAGCGCAGUUGCCCUCGACCGGCGCGGUGGCGAUCCGGAACUCCGGAGGGCUCUCAACGACGUGACGAAGAAGUACGAGGACCUGCAAGCGCGCUACUCCAGCCUCGAAGAGAUUGGCAAGAUCGACGCCGAGCGCAACUUCACCCGACUGAAAGCCGCCAGCGACCAGAAAUCACGCGACGCACACGACCUGAUCGCGUCCCUGAAGAAGGAACUCGCCGACAGCCGGAAAGCCUCCGCAUCCACCAACUCCGAAGCCGCGACAUACCAGACCCAACUCGCCGCCCUCCAAACUUCACAAACAGCCCUCACCUCUGAGCGCGACGACGCCCGGAAACAGCUGCAUCUCUCACAGAACGAGAACAAGGCCCUCGAGGCCAAAUUGCUCGCCGCGCGGCAGCAGAUCGCCACCCAACUCGCCGAGACGAAAACGCUGGUGGAAGCCGCCGCUGCGAGGAAUCCGGGCGGCGGCAGGCAUGCGGCGCCGAUCCUGGCGUCGACGGCGGCGGAGGCCCAGCGUGAGGCCAAGAUGAAGGAGGACCUGUAUUCGGACCUGACGGGAUUGAUCAUCCGGAACGUGAAGAGGCUCGAGGGGGAAGAUGUGUACGAUUGCAUCCAGACGGGACGCAACGGCACAUUGCAUUUCCACCUCACCCUCGCCCACGACGCUCUAACCUCCAUGCCCGGCGGGACCACGCCCCAAUCGAAGUCCACCCCGCUCCCCACCACGGUGUCCUACGAGGAGACCGAGUUCGCCUAUGAGCCUCUACUGGACCCCAGCCGCGAUCGGGAGCUGUUGUCUCUGCUCCCGGACUAUCUCACCGAGGAGAUCUGUUUCCCGAGGCAACACGCGCAAAAGUUCUACGCGCGGGUGUUGGAGAGCAUGGGCCGACGGGUGGAGAUUGUCGACGACGAAGACGACGAUACGGAGGAAGAGGAAGAGGAGUAGUCGGGAUUUCGUGAGAUGUAGGCCGAUGGGCUUUCGGCUUUUGUUUCUCUCCCCGACCCUAGCACUCUGUCUUGGUCGGGUUUUCUGGGCAUACGGAUAGCAUGGAGUUUUGCUUGCAUGAUCUGGCUUUUUGGUCUUCACGAUAGAUACCCUGGGGUCUUUGCAUUGUCGGUCGGAAGCAGAAGAUGCGAGAAUGAAAAACAUAUUUCGAACAGUUGACAAG